CAGCUUCCGGGGUAAACGGAAAGCAGCAGAAGAGAGCAGUACUGCCUUGUAACGUCAAGUGUGCCAAGUGAGCAGGACGCUAAUAAGUCAGUCUUAUUAUUUGUUAUCCAGUUUAUAAUAUUUACGUCGUAUAAAAUACAUCUUUGAUUUUUUAGUUAAGGAUAAAGUGGUCUCGAUGCGCUAGAAGCACUGUGCCGCUUCUCGUGCUAUCUUUGCUUGUUAGUUAGCUUAGCUGGCUAGUUAGCUUAGCUUGUUAGCUGCUAACAGAAGACACAGAAGUUAUCAACACAUCGCUAAGUAGAGAUCAAGUGUGAGAGUAAAGUGUUGUGAUUGUGUGAAAAUGUACGAAAGAAGGAUAGCAAAGUAUGAGGAGGAACUUUGUCCAACAAAAGAGGAGAAGGAGCGACAACAUCAACUGCUGGAUGUUUAUUAUAAGAAACAUCAUCAAGUUGUGUUACACAGAACAGACAUCGAUGAAGAACAUCUUCCUCAUGAGCAGGAGGAGGAACCACAGUCCCCCCACAUACACGAGGAAGAAAAGGUACCACAUUCCCAACACAUCAAAGAAGGAGGAGAGGAGUCAAAGCCCCCCCACAUUAAAGAGGAAGACGAGACGCCACACACCCAUAAUGUUAAACUGACCCUUCACAUUAAAGGGCAAGCGGAGGACCCACUCAUCUUACACAUCAAAAAGGAAGAGGAGGACCUACUGACCCCUUAUUUUAAGGGGCAAAAGAACCAGCUGACCCCUUACAUUAAAAGGAAAGAGGAAGAAGAGGACCAAGAGCCGCCACACAUUAAAGAGGAAGAGGAGGAAGAGGGCAUCAGUCAGCCUAAAUGGUUGGAGGAGUUCCCAGUGACUGGUGUCCCUGUGAAGAGUGAAGAUGAUGAGGUGAAAGGUGAAAGUGAGGAGAGGGGAGGGGGGGAGCCUCCAAGCAGCAGCUCAACACAACACAUGACAACAGAAGCUGAUGGAGACCACUGUGGAGGAUCACAAGCAGACAAGCUCUUAGCUCCACUAUCAGAUAGUGAGGACACAACGUCACACUCUCCUGACACUGAUGAUGAAGACUCUAAAGAUGAUAAGACAUGUCACACUGACAACACUCACUUCACAUCUUCUCACUGUCACAAAACUUUUAAAUACCAUUGUAGUCUGAAAACACACAUGAGAACACACACUGGAGAAAAACCUUUUUCUUGUUCACUCUGUAGUAAAGGUUUUACACAAAGUAUCCAUUUGAAAAGACACAUGAGAACACACACUGGGGAAAAACCUUUUUCUUGUUCACUCUGUAGUAAAGGUUUUACACAAAGUAUCCAUUUGAAAAUACACAUGAGAACACACACUGGUGAAAAACAUUUUUCCUGUUUAAUCUGUGGUAAAGGUUUUACAGAAAGUCAGAGUUUGAAAGUACACAUGAGAAGACACACUGGUGAAAAACCUUUUGUCUGUUCAAUCUGUGGUAAAGGUUUUACUAGCAGUCAAUGUUUGAAAAGACACACAAGAACACACACUGGUCAAAAACCUUUUCCCUGUUCAAUUUGUGGUAAAAGUUUUAGAGAAAGUCGCAAUUUGAAAGUACACACGAGAACACACGCUGGUGAAAAACCUUUUCCCUGUUCAAUUUGUGGUAAAAGUUUUAUAGAAAGUCAGAAUUUGAAAAGACACAUGAGAAGACACACUGGUGAAAAACCUUUUUCCUGUUCAACCUGUGGUAAAGGUUUUACACAAAGUCACGAUUUGAAAGUACACAUGAGAAGACACACUGGUGAAAAACCUGUUUCUUGUUCAACCUGUGGUAAAGGUUUUACUGCAAGUCAGAAUAUGAAAAGACAAUGAGAACACACACUGGUGAAAAAUCACAUUCCCGUUCAAUCUGCAACAGAAGCUUUGGUGACCGAUCAACCCUUGUAAGACACAUGAGAAGACACCCAGGAGAGAAAGUGUUGAGUUGCAGUGUGUGUGGUGAAAGAUUGUCUUCUAAGUACCAGUGUAAGAAACACAAGUGUGCUGGUGAGAACAGCAGCAGCAAAUGAAACUGCAGGAUUUGAAAUAAACUGUCCAGACUUUCAUUUUGACUUUCUAACAACAUCAGCACAUAUAACAUGUGUGACAUUGUUGUUUGUCUAACAAUCUGUUUAAUAUGAUCUUUACAUUUAUAGAUUAGAUAUUUUAUAUUAGUGCUUUUUUCAGUCAAGCACAUACAUUAAUAUGCAACAUUGUGUACUUUUAUUAAAAAAUGGACAGAACAAUUUAAGUAAAAAGGUGGGAGUAAACAGUACGGGAAAUAUUUUACAUGCAAUAAACAUUUUAUGUGUGUGUGUGUAUAUAUAUUCUGUAUAUUCAACAUAUAAUUUUAGACUUAUUCAUAUGAAAUAUGAAAUUAUUACAUGUUUGUAUUUCUAAUUGUUAAUAAUCCCAUAGAUUAGCACCUUUAUAUGAUAUACAUAUGUACUGGUUCACAUCUGAAACAUCUUCUGGACCACUUCAGGAAGCAUAUUAUUAAUUACUUUAUACAUCGUUUCAACAAUACAAUUUUAAAAUGUGUGACUUUUUGAAUCAUCUGUUGGGUCUCUUUAAUCUAUUUUAUUCAUUAUAUUUUUUACUCUGUAUUAUGAUGAUUGUGUUGUGAUUGUUAUAUAUGUAUGUCCCCAGACCUUUAUGCAGUAUAAAAGUGAGAGAAAAUGGCAGAUUUAUUUGUGGAAGGAUGGCUAAGUUUUUACAUUUGUGGAUAUAUUAAAUAAAUCAAGUAUUGUGUUUUAAAUAUU